GGUUCGCUUACACCCCUACUGUGUUAUUUCGUGUUUGUGCAGACGACCUGUUUGCUGAACGGAAGGAGAUCGGUGGAUCGGAGACGGAGAGGGAGACGGACGAUGUUGCUCGCCGUUCUAUUCGCCAAUACCGCUGGAAAUAUUCUCAUCGAACGUUUUCACGGAGUUCCUGCAGAGGAGAGGUUACAUUGGCGAUCUUUCCUGGUAAAGCUCGGAGCUGAAAAUCUCAAAGGAGCUAAAAAUGAGGAACUUUUUGUUGCUUCUCACAAGUCUGUAUACAUAGUUUACACUAUGCUUGGGGAUAUCUGCAUCUAUGUAGUGGGCAAAGAUGAGUAUGAUGAGCUUGCUUUGGCGGAAGUCAUCUUUGCAAUAACUUCCUGCACCAAAGAUGCAUGCGGGAAACCUCCAACCGAGCGGCUCUUCCUCGACAAAUAUGGGAAGAUAUGCCUAUCCCUUGAUGAGAUUGUUUGGCAGGGUAUGUUGGAAAAUACAGAGAAGGAGAGAAUCAAACGAUUGAUAAGGAUGAAACCUCCUGCUGAUGUGUGACUACUGGCCUGGCUUCAAGUUCUUUUAUAUUUCUGCAAAAAUUUUACAGGUUCGUGUAUGAUUAUAUCUUUGUGUAUCUGAAAGACCCAUAAAAUGCAAAUUUAGUAUUUGAUAAUUAUGAAGGAAAAAAAAAUCUCAAUUCCUUGAGAUGGCUGCUUCAAACUGGAACACGAACACUUUUUUAGUUUUGAGUGGGGUCUGACCCAAAGUUGAUU